AUGAACACUACUUGUCAACUCAAAUGCCAAAUCAUAGAAACACUAACUCAGGGGAUGAAAGCUAAUUCCAAUGUAAUAAAAUUUACACAAUUAAUCAUUUCAAUAUCAGUGUUUUCUUUCAUAUUUUCACCUUCUUCAUUCUUUGUUUUCCUCCAAAACUUCAACUUCUAUUUCUCUACUUUACUUUUUCAACUCUACACUCACAACAUAGACAAGAACAGCAUGUUUCUCCUUUCUAAUGCUCUCCUUGUUUUUGUCGGUUUAACCAAAUCUUUCUCAAGUUCUUCAACAGAUGAUGAUGAUGAUAAGCCUUCCAAUAACUCACAAUAUAUUGAAGUUGAAGAAGAAGAAGAAGGUUCGCAAUCUCAUAUCCUUGAUGUUGAGGUCAAUGAGCCAGUGUUGGAGAGAGAAGUUGAGAAGAGAACUAGUGAACCAGAUGAACAAAGUGCUGAAGAAGAAGAAGAAAACAUUGAAAAGAUAAUUACGAUUGAUGAUGAUGAAGAAGAAGACAAAGAAGAGAUGAAGGAGGUAGAAGAAGAAGUUAAACGAUAUGAUGGAGAAGACGAAGAGGGAGAUAAAGGGUCAGAAAUUGAUUAUGUUCUAAUUGAAGAAAACAAUAUAGAACAAGAGGAAGAAGAAGAAAGUAGUAUGUUAAGUACAGAAGAGUUAAACAAAAAGUUCGAAGAUUUCAUUAGAAAAAUGAAGGAAGAUCUAAGAACUGAUGCUAGACGGCAUUUAGUCAUGGUCUGA